AUGCCAAACGGCGCCUGGGUCCUAGGCGACCUCUUUCUCAAAGACUAUGGCCACGAAGGCAGCAUCGUCAAACUCUGGGAAAUGCACUGGAUGUUCCCCUGCAAACUCGGCGUGUACCCUUUGCACGACGGCAAAUUCGAGGACUUCGAAACCAUCUUCACGUCCCUGAUCUCCAAAGACAUACACGAUCCCUUCUCAGACGAGUGCACCAGCGCGUUCCUCCUCACCGCCUGCGCCCUCUCCAAAAAACCGCACGCCUCCAGCCGCGAUGGCAGAGAAAUCCCGCUGUACAUCCGGAAGCCCAACGGCACAGGCCCCCUCCCUACUGUUCUACUGAUCACCAGCAUCGACGGCCACCGCCCCGAUAACACAGAGCACACGGCGGAGCACCUCGCGCAGUGGAGUAGGGGUGAAGAGAGGCUCGAUGAGAAGAAGGUCAUUGAGUGGGGAUUGUCAGCAGGCGGGUACUACGCCCUUCGCGUCGCGCAUACGCACGCCAACCUACUGAAGAGCGCGAGUGGACACGGCGCGGGGACGCAUUAUUAUAUCGAACGGGAGCUUGUGCUGGUGAAUGGGGUGUUAGAUGGGUGUAUGCCAGUUGAGGAUAGUAUGUUGCUUGCCGAGUCUGGGAGUCAGAAGGAGAUGAGGCUGGUGCAGGAAAGGGCGCAUAUAGGGUAUCCUGAGGCGAGCUCUUUUGUGUAUCCGUGGAUGGAGAGUACACUGAAUGCGUAG